AUGAAAGCUCACCAUAUACGCAACUCUUCCACCAAGAUACACAAAGCCGUGGUAUCCCUCCAGAGCGAGACGCGAUGGUGUCUAACAGGGACACCAAUUCAGAAUAGCCUUGACGAUCUUCGGUCCCUGUUACAAUUUCUUCACUUUGAACCAUUAUGCCAAAGCAAGACAUUUGAAGAAUAUGUCGUCGCGCCAUUGAGAAACGAAGCGAACGAAGAUCAUAAUUUGGACCCCUCUCGAAAUCUUAGACUCUUGCUGAAAGCAUGUUGCCUCAGAAGAACUCAAGAGAAACUAAACCUACCGACAACGACGAUGUACAAGGUUCCAGUGACACCCACAGAAGUUGAGAAAGCUAUGUUCCAGAGGAUUCUCUAUGACUGUCGUCAGGAGUUUGACAUUAUGGCCGGUAAGGGCAAAGGUGUGAAGAAGUUUAAUAUCCUUUUCUCAGCGAUCAUGAAGUUUCGAAGAGUAUGUAACCAUGGAGAUACCAAGCUUCAUAUUACCACUCCGAAACAGUCAAAUUUUCUGACCGUACCUACGAUGAAACAAAUUACUUCACGCACACCUAAUGUAGAGCUAGAUUGCAAUUUUGUAGCAAUGCUACUUUGGAGCACGACUUGCUUUGUGGGUUGGACAGCUGUCUCGUCUGCAAUCGGCUUCUUUCCGAACAAAAACGUCAAUAUCGUAUCCAGAACUACAUCACCGCAGUCGAUGCACACACCAGAGCCUCCGAGUACUAAUUCGUAUUCCAUACCGUCUGUUGAUCCGUUAAGGGGACAGUCCUCGAAGAUGUCAACAGUGAUCAACAAUAUCAAAGAAUCAUGCUUAGACAAUAACUUAAAAAGCGUUUUGUUCUCUAGUUGGAGAGACACACUGGAUAUCCUUGCCACAAUGCUUAUCGCCGAGGGCAUCGCAUUUGUUCAAGUCGAUGGCCGAAACCCACUCGCGGGUCGUACUGAAUUACUUUCAAGUUUCCGACAAGAUCGUGCUAUCAAAGUGCUUCUGAUAUCAAUCAACACUGGUGCUGUAGGACUUACUCCCACAGAGGCUAAUAUGGUCCACAUCGUCGAACCGCAAUGGAACCCGACAAUUAAAAACCAAGCCAUCGCACGAGUCGUGAGAAUGGGGCAAACACGGCCAGUCACUAUAUUCAAGUACAUCAUGAAAGAUUCUAUACCGGCUAACUUUGAACAGUCUGUGUUGAAACUUCAGGAAAGAAAAACCCAGAUCAUCAAGCUUUCCAUGCAGGAUAAGAAUAAUGAUGAGUUUGAGGGGAACAUAGACCGCUUCAAGUUUGCUAUUGAUCCUCAAGAAUGGGAGAGUAGCUGCUAA